AUGGUGCUACUCAAAGCAUCUCUGCCUAUACUCGGGCUUGCUACAUAUGCCCAGGCCACACCCGCCAUCUCUGCCCCCGAUUGCAGCCUCAGCUCUACUGAAUCCUCCAUCAAAUGGACAGAAUGCAGUUCCGAAGUGAAUGAGAACGCUGCUCUCCCAGUAGAAUGCGCGCAGCUCAACGUUCCCCUCGAUUACACUGACGACAAGAGCAAUAAGACGGUCGCGCUCAACUUGAUCCGCGUCCCAGCCACCAAGCAGCCAUCUUUAGGUAACAUCCUGAUGAACUUUGGCGGACCUGGUGCGGAUGCAGUUUCUAUGACGGCGUCGCGCAGCGAUGUUCUAAAUAUGAUGUCUGGAGAGCGAUUUGACAUUGUCGGCUUUGAUCCUCGUGGAACUACUACCACGCUCCCCUUUCAUUGCUUCACCUCCAACUUUGACGCGCAGCAGGCACUGGAUAACCUCAAGAGUAACCCUCCGCCCGAGGAUCUUGAAAACUUGGGCUACCUAUGGGCUGCUGCCGACAAUUUAGCUCAGGCAUGCGCCAAAACACAAAACGAGACUGGCGCUCUUAUCAAUACACCGUUCGCCGCGCGUGAUGUUGUGUCCGUCGCCACAGCACUUGGUGAAAAGAACAAGAUCCGCUACUGGGGAUUAUCCUAUGGUACUACACUGGGUGCCACUCUCAUCUCCAUGUUCCCGGAAAAGAUUGAAGGCGCCAUACUCGACGGCGUCCAGAAUCCCCACGAAUACAUGCACGGCGAAGCCGAAUAUGAAGGAUGGGUUCAGUCGGAUCAAGUUUUUGCCGCCAUCUUUGAGCACUGCGUCAAGAAUGCCGAUAAUUGCGCCCUAUCGCGUCGCGGCAAAUCGGCCGCCGAGCUCGAGCAAUUGUACUGGUCCCUCUACGAGAAACUUCGCUACAACCCCAUCCCCCUUCCCGGUGACAAUGGCAUCCUAAACAAUCACCUGCUUAAUACCCUGACAAGCUCGGCUUUGUAUGACUCCAAGGAUUGGCCCGUGUUUACCACGGCUCUUGACAUCCUACUUGGACCCGAGGAAGACUACGACGACGAGUUUAUCGAGGCAUGGGUGGGCUCAUCUGGAGAGGACGAAGACAGACCAGACCAACAACAAGCCCGACAAGUUCCUCAUGGCAUCCGAUGUUCCGAUUACAAGGGGCGUCUCUCGUCGCUCGAGGAGUACAUGCCCAUUCAGGAGAGAUUAUACAACAUCAGCCGUAUCAACGGUCCAAUUUCGGCAUCCAUCGGCAUGACUUGCUCGCGCUGGAAGAUUGAACCCAAAGAACGCUACGAGGGCAACUUCCAGGUUGCUCCGCGAAAGCCCGUUCUCGUCGUUGGCAACACGUACGACGGCGUCACCCCAAUCGUCUCGGCUCGCAACGUCAGCUCUGGCUUCACGGGCAGCACCGUGCUGGAAUUGAAUGCCUACGGUCAUUGCGCUCUUGAUAUCCCUUCCAAAUGCACUGUGCAGAAAUAUAGGGACUAUUGGCUGAACGGCACCAUGCCCAAGCCGGGAACCGUUUGCGAAGCUGAUUACCAGCCUUGGAGUAACGUCACUUGGCCAACAGUGAUGAGGGAAAUUGGCUACCAACUACCUGCGAACUCUAGCAAUGUGAGCCGCCGGUCUAUUGUGCCGCUCAGGUUCAGACCGAUCAGGUAG